AUGCAAUCCCUGCUCCGACAUCGAAUGACUGGCGCCCUGGCGCAGAGUCGACUCUGCGCGCGCCCGACUCGUCUUUCGCCAACAUACACCCUCACCCGCCUCGCGAGCUCACAGCCCCGCCGGCUAGACCUUCCAGCUCUUGAUAAGAAAUGGCAGUCCCUGUGGCAAGCGAAGGAACGGCCAACGCCCGAUGAUGCGAAGCCCAAGUCCUACAUCCUAUCCAUGUUCCCAUACCCAUCUGGAACGCUCCACAUGGGCCAUUUGCGCGUCUACACAAUCUCAGAUGUGAUUUCACGAUUUUGGAAGAUGCGCGGGCAUGAUGUCGUUCAUCCCAUGGGAUGGGAUGCCUUUGGGCUACCGGCAGAGAACGCGGCAAUCGAGAGAGGCAUUGAUCCUGCGGUGUGGACACAGGAGAAUAUUCAGAGGAUGAAGGACCAACUUAAGUGUAUCUCGGCGGAGUUUGACUGGGACCGGGAAUUGGCUACCUGUGAUCCGGAGUUCUACGAACAUACACAGCGUAUAUUCUUGAUGCUCUACCAGAAGAAUUUGGCUUAUCAGGCCGAAGCACUGGUGAACUACGAUCCGGUGGAUAAGACGGUCCUGGCGAAUGAGCAGGUUGACGCGAAUGGCUUUUCCUGGAGGUCCGGCGCUAAGGUUGAGAAGUUGAACUUGAAGCAGUGGUUCUUCCGAAUCACAGAAUUCAAAGAAGCGCUGCUGAAAGAUCUUGACUCUCUCUCUGGGGGCUGGCCCGAACGUGUCUUGACAAUGCAGCGCAACUGGCUUGGAAAGUCAUAUGGCGCGAAAGUCACAUUCCCGGUCACCAUCAACAGCGCAGGAAGUGAGAAGGUGAAUGUAGAUGUUUUUACCACUCGACCGGACACAUUAUAUGGCGUGGAAUACCUUGCGCUUUCUUUGAAUCAUCCUAUCGUGCUGAAGGCUGCUGAAAGUGACGAAGCUCUGCGCAGUUUCUUAAGCGAAGCCGCGUCGUUUGCACCGGACUCCAAGGCAGGAUACCGACUGUCUGAUGUUAAGGUGACGCAUCCCAUGUGCAGCAUUGACAUGGAAACUCCCCACCUGCAGAGGAAGCUUCCCGUAUUUGUGGCGCCAUAUGUUCUAAGCGACUAUGGCGAAGGAGCGGUCAUGGGUGUUCCGGGCCAUGACACCAGAGACAUGCUUUUCUUCAAGGAAAACGCAAACCCAGAGUCUAUUCCAGUUGUCAUUGAAGCUGAGUCAAGUGGCAGUGAAGCGACCGACAGCGUGGUUCCGAAAUCAGACAAGGCUUUUACCCAGGAGGGAUUCUUGAACUCGCGCUGUGGGAAGUACCAAGGAAUGCACUCCAAGGAGGCCUCGAAACUGAUCGUCGAGCACCUGGAACAAAUCGGACAGGCCAAAUUUGUUGAGAGUUGGCGUUUGCGCGACUGGUUGAUCAGUCGUCAGCGCUACUGGGGUGCACCAAUUCCCAUCAUCCAUUGCGGUGACUGUGGACCUGUGCCAGUGCCCACUAAAGAUCUUCCAGUCAAGCUACCAAAGAUCGAAGGAGAUUGGCUCAAGGGCAAGAAGGGGAACCCCCUGGAAACCUCAGAGGAGUGGCUGCACACAAGCUGCCCCUCUUGCGGCGGACCUGCAAAGCGCGAUACGGACACCAUGGAUACCUUCGUGGACUCUUCUUGGUAUUUCCUGCGAUUCUUGGACUCGACCAACAAACAGCUUCCCUUUUCUCCCGAAUCGGCACAACCAGUCGAUUUCUACAUUGGGGGCGUGGAGCAUGCAAUCCUGCAUCUCCUCUAUGCUCGAUUCAUCUACAAAUUCCUUUCUGGGUCAGAGCUGUUCCCGGCUGGACAGCCUGCCGGCGCAGAGCCCUUCAAGGUCCUUUUGAGCCAAGGCAUGGUGCACGGCAAAACCUUCACUGAACCUUCGACAGGGCGCUUCCUUCUCCCAGAAGAGGUUGAUCUCACACGCCCAGACAAGCCCCUGAUCAAGGGAACGCAGGUCACGCCCACUAUAUCUUUUGAAAAGAUGUCAAAGAGCAAGUACAAUGGCGUGGAUCCUACGUUGACCACAUCCAAAUAUGGCGCCGAUGCCACCCGCGCGCAUAUCCUAUUCUCUGCGCCGGUCAGCGAGGUUCUGGAGUGGGACGAAAGCAAAAUUGUGGGUGUCGAGCGCUGGUUUGGUCGACUCUGGAAGCUCGUCCAAGAUACUCAGCAAUCCCUGACCAGUUCCUCGUUUGCCACUUCCGAUGUGGAAGCCGCCAGUAGCCAGGCUACUUUCCUGCCAUCCUCUCUCCAGGAUCUGAGCGAUGCCGAUGCCGAAGCCAUCCUGGCCACUCACAAAACCAUCGCAUCAGUCACGACCUGCAUCGAAAGCAAUCCGUACGGACUGAACACAGUUGUGUCAGACCUCAUCAAGCUAACAAACGCGCUCGCCUCGGCGCCCGCGUCCUCUCCUGCCAUUACUUACCUCUCUGUCUCUUCUCUCCUUCGUUUGCUAGCCCCCAUUGCCCCGGCUCUAGCUUCGGAGUCAUGGGAGGUUCUGCACACCAGCAGUGCGGCAUCGUCAAUUCUCUCAUCACCCUGGCCUAGCACACUCCUUACAGAGGAGCAAGUUGAAGUGCUCUCUUCUCGUGGAGGCCAAACGGUCGCUAUUCAGAUCAAUGGAAAACUCCGAUGUGCGGUUACCAUCCCGAGCAUGGAGCCAGCGUCCCCGCAGAGCAAGAAGGGCCCCUCUCAGGAAGAACAGGACUGGAUUCUCAGUCGGGUUCUGGAGACUGCCGAGGGUAAGUCGUGGCUUUGUGAGAAGAAUGACUGGGAGAAGAGGCGACGAGUGAUCGUUGUCAAGGGGGGCAAGCUAGUCAACGUUGUCUUCUAG